AUGCUCGAGGAUUGGAUUUUUCGUUACAUUCCGCGAAUUUUCAGCGCGCUUUCAUUUUUGGUAAGUCCCUGGUUUGUCUAUCUUGUGUUCACUGAAAAGCCGGCAAAUUUUGGCAAUUAUCGAUACCUUCUCUUGUAUUUUGCGUGCUUCAAUUUGAUCUAUUCCGUUGCCAAUGUAGCUGUUCCUAUGGACAUCCACAGCUAUCGUUAUUGUUUUUUUGUAACGGUGAGACAUGGAUGGUUUGCCCAAGUUUCCGAAGUGAACUUCCAAAUGCUGUCUGCCCGCUGCUCCUUGGUGUCUGUCAGUUACGCAGUUAUUUUAACCCAUUUCGUCUAUCGGUACCUAGUGGUCCAUGACUCCAGUCUGACAAAAAAGCACUUUCACUGGUAUUUAGCAAUCUCCGCGGUUGUUUGUAUUUUGUAUUUUGUGACGUCGCACUUGAUUUGCAUCUUCCCAGGACGUGCAAAUAUGGAAAUUAAAGAGUAUAUUCGCAGUGAAUUUCUCGGAACCGGAACUGAUCCAGUGGAUUACAACGUGCUAGGAGCAUUAUUUUAUGAAGGAUCAUAUGAAACACUUUUCAAUUCUUGGGCAAACACUAUUAUGUCGUUCACAGUGUCAGUUGGAUCCCUUACAAUGUUUUGUAUCUUGACCAAAAUGAUUAUGUUCAACCUGAAGAAAAUGACCGUGACAGCCAGCAAGAAAACUGCCAAAUUCCAAUCUGAACUACUUCGAGCCUUGAUUGUUCAAACUGUAAUUCCAAUGUUCGUCAGCUUCUCCCCGUGUCUUCUAUGCUGGUAUAGUCCAAUGUUUGGCAUUCAGUUAGGCAGAGGAUUCAACUACUUAGAAAUCAGUGCUCUUGGAGUAUUUGCGUUCGUCGACCCGGUCGCCAUCGUGUUGUGUAUUCCAAUUUGUCGGAAAAGAAUGUAUUUGUUUUUCACGAGCUUCUUUUAG